AUGGUCAAAGCCCCGCCGAUACCUCCAAGGGAGGAACUUCCCAACGACACUCCGAUUUCCGUCGUAGAAUUUGUUCUUCUGACCACAAGAGUCACAGAACACAUUCGAGCGUUUCUCAAUCAAGCCGAGCAGCAAUCUUUCAAUGAGAUGGCCGCAGAAUUAUACAGGUUGUUGCAACUUGCCCACACGAAAGUCAGGUCGCUCAAAGCUUUCUCGGAUAAGCUUCGUUUGGAUAAAACAACCCUCGAAGCCAGAACUGCAAGCUUCGACGCUAGAUUCAAUGCAUUUCAAACUUCUCAUGACAAAAUAUUGCAAGAGUUGAAGCAAUUUCAAGAAACUCUUAUCGCAGCAUCGAAUGAGAAGGUAGAAUCUGCUCAGAAUAGCUUCGCUACUGCCAAGACAGCUCUCACCGAGAGUACUAAAGGCAUUACAAGCAAACUGAUUAGUAUCGCUGAAUUCAUGAGCAAAGCAUCUGAAAAGCAAAAAUUGGCUGAGAGCAGUUGUAACCAAUUGGUGGAAUAUGUCAAUGCCCUUGAGCAGAAUAAAAUUCUCCUUGAGAAUCAAUCUGCGCUGGAGCGUUGUAUCAGUAAUCUCAAAAUCUCACAUGUUGAUGAGAUAGCUGCAUAUUCUACUGAAGGUAACAUACUGGACUCGGAAAAUCAACGCUUGAGGGAACAAUGUUUUCGCUACACUGCUGAGAUAGAGACACUUCAGUCGAAAUCCGCAGGUGAUGAUGAAGAGCUUCGAAAUCUUCGGGAAGAAGCCCUGGCUUAUCGUCGUCUACAAGAAGAGUUCUUUAAGUUCAAAGAGGAAUCCUCCAAAAAGGAUGCUACCAUGAACUCUUUGAAAGCCUCCGUAGACAACUACGAUGCCGAGGUCCCUGAAUUAAAGCGAACACUUCAGACAAAUGUCGAAACAAUCGACCGCCUCAAGCAGGAUCUAGGCAACACAAAGUCUGAGUUAAAGUCGAGUACCGAGAAAGUUGGCAUGCUUGAAGCCGAGAUUUCCACUGCGAACAUCGAAUUAAAGAAACUUCGACCUGUGAACAUGGAUCUCAGCGCUUUGAGGACAAGUCAUGCCGAACUUCAAAAAACGCGUGGUCGAGAGUUGGAAGAAUGUACAGAACAUACCAGUGAGAUCGCUUCUCUCACCGAAAUCAAUUCUGCUCUCAAGACCGAGCUUUUCGAGGUCAAUUCCAAGUUACAGCAAGCUCUUCGUGUCGAUCCUUUUAACUCAAAGAAGCGGAAGAUGUCUGAAGCUAAUGAAAGUCAAAUUGUUGACGACUCUCUUACCGUUUACUCCAAGUCUACAUCUCACCAUCCAAAUCCUUCUCGUAGUAGCAAUUCCAAACCAGAAGACCCUUGGAAGACGUUGUUGACAUCACAACUUGUCGCCAUGCGGAACUUACAGCCUCUACCUCAUACUUCGGAUCAUGACAUGAAUUUUGUCAGAGGUCUGAUAUCCAGAUGUUUGGUUCAUCCCAAAUCAUUGGAAAAUCAUGACCUCUGGAAGAAGGUUGCCAAUGAGAAGAAAGAUUUGAGUUGGAAAUGUCUAUUUGAAAUCUGUAACUCUAAUCAAUUUGAUUACGAGAAGCUCUCAAUUUUGAAUGACGAAUCAACCAAGUGUACAACAUGCAAAAACCAAUCGUUGGAUUAUUGUGUACAAGUUGUACAAAACAAAGGUCGAUUUGUUCGAUUGUUGAAGCAGCACUGA